AUGAUAACAGUGGAAGGGGAGUGGGACUAUGUGGAGUUAAAGCGCUGGCUUCCAGAAAAUAUAAUUAAUGUAUUUAGGAAUACUUUGCCUCCGAAUAGUCUUGAUGGCAUUGACAAGAAGAUGUGGGAGAGUCAGUUGAUUUCUCGGAUACGAGCAUGGAUUCAGAAAGAUUGGUCGGUUAGUUUCAACCACACGUUCAAGGAAGGAAAUGCUUGUGCGGAUUGGAUGAAAAAUUUUAUCUUGGAGAAUGAUGAGGGUGUCCAAUAUCUUUUUUGUGAUGAACCACCACCUGGCAUUCACGUUAUUUAUCUGGCUGAUCUUACUGGAGUAGAAAGACUGCGAGCUCUGGUGAUCCAGUAG